AUCGGAUCUUUAGCACUCAGAUGGUUUGGAGCUGGGCUUACAGUAAUACACUGCGCCAAAAGAGCAGCCUCGCAAAACGGAGGAAAAACAGCCAACUCCGACCUGAGAAGCGACUUUUUAAAGAGUCAUGGCGGCUAUUCGGAAGAAGCUGGUGAUCGUGGGAGAUGGUGCAUGUGGGAAGACAUGUCUCCUCAUCGUCUUCAGUAAAGACCAGUUCCCAGAGGUCUACGUUCCAACUGUGUUUGAGAACUACAUUGCUGACAUUGAAGUGGAUGGCAAACAGGUUGAGUUGGCAUUAUGGGAUACAGCAGGACAGGAGGACUAUGACAGGUUGAGGCCAUUGUCCUAUCCAGACACAGACGUCAUUCUUAUGUGUUUCUCCAUAGACAGUCCUGACAGUUUAGAGAACAUUCCGGAGAAGUGGACACCAGAGGUGAAGCAUUUCUGUCCCAGCGUUCCCAUCAUCCUGGUGGGUAAUAAAAAGGACCUGCGCAACGAUGAGCACACACGCAGAGAACUGGCCAAGAUGAAACAGGAACCGGUGAAGAGCGAGGAAGGCAGAGACAUGGCUAACAGGAUCAGCGCAUUUGGCUAUCUGGAGUGCUCUGCUAAAACUAAAGACGGUGUCAGGGAGGUGUUCGAGAUGGCCACCAGGGCAGCCCUGCAGGUCCGCAAGCGCAAGAAGAGAAGCGGCUGUCUGCUGUUAUGAGUCCAGCAACACAUGCACAAAUAGAGUUCAGCCAACAGCCGACGCAGGAGAAACCUUAACCAAACCAACGUCAUCACCGUACUGUAUUCUGCAUUUCAUGCACGCACCAGAAAGACUGACAAACGAGCAACCAAACCCACCUGUGUUCCUCAACUUUUCUUUAUACACACGUUCACCUGUCCUGUCGUCUCUGAUUUUCCUUUCUUCUGUCACUAUAUCCUUCUGUGUGAGAGAACAUUCGAUCAGUUUGAUUUAGUAUGUUGUGCUCAGUACAUUGCUUCUGUAUGUAUUGUUUACUUGUUUGGAUUGAAACCUGACUGGCAAACCUGCUGCAUUUGGAAAAUGUUCAAGAAUACAUUUAUUAUUCAGUCAAACCUCGUGGUAUGUUGUCUUACUCUGUGCUGUUAACAAACCCCCCCCAACACCUUCCCCGAUUUUAAAAGUUUUUUUUUAUUUUUUAUUCUUAUAUCCAGUCUGUAUUAACCUGAGCAAGAACUGAUCGACUUUCUUGUACAUGGAAAAGAUGUUAAAUUCUUUUAAAAUAUUUUAGGAGAAAAAAUGGUUGUGAACUUAUUAUUAAAGUAACUACACCAAUAAGGCAUAACAUUAUGACCAUCUUCGGCGGUGGACAGGGGUCAGCAUGGGCACCCUGACUGAUCUGCGGCUGUGCAGCCCCAUACACAACAAAAUUCGAUGCACUGUGUAUUCUGACAUCUUUCCAUCAGAACCAACAUUAACUUCUUCAGCAAUUUAAACUACAGUACAGUCAUGUCAGGAGUGUGUAGAGUGGUAAGAACUAUCGUGCAUUGUGUUUGUUUAUAUACUACGUACAGUUAGUAGAAUUGGUGGAAUAUGCCAGAGUAUUUCUUGACAAUGCUGUAAAAGUCAAUGUGUACACAUGAACAGUAAACAUGGGGUUAUGGUUUGUGAUGA